AAUAAAGAGGAGUACAAAGUUGGCAAGAUACCCAUAAUUCUGACCAUGAUAUCGAAUAACCAGACAAUCAAUGAACCAUUCAUUGUCUCAUGCGGACUAAUCAAUCAAAUAGUAAUUAAGCCAUGGCUUGUCAGAAGCAGAGUUUGCCUUCCUUUGCCUCGAUUCUUUCUGUCUUGUCGAUUGUGUUUUACUGCGUGGGUUUUCUGAGAGUAGAAUUAGAGCUAAACGAACAGAAGAAGAGAAUAAACGAUCUUGAAAACAACAAGGAGAAUAAUCCCCCCGAUGUUCCAAACCGUGACAAGUCAACUAAGAAUACUCAUGGUAAGUCCUUUCUAUUGUGGUUCAAUAUUUUACAAUAAGAGCGUCACACAGAAUGUUUAUUUUAUUUUUUCUUUAAAAAAAUUCUUGCGAGUGCAGAAAAAUCUUGUAUAUACGGUAGAUAUCUUGUCUUUGCGUGUUCUUAGCGCAAAGGUAAAGAAAACCGAAGGUGAACAGGUCACCAUUUGUUUCCUUUGUAGGGAAUAAGUUUUUAAAAACACUUAAUGAUCUUUGUUUCUGAAUAGUAGGUGAACUAUUGUUUUCAAAUUACAGUUCAAAUUAAAGAUGACGAACAUUUUUUUUAAGAAAGCUGCAUCGAUCAAGCAGAUGGGACUAAAUUUUUUUGGACGAGUAAUUAUCAUUUCCGGCUUCUCAUAAAUCUCAGCUCAAUCAACAAGUUUUCUUGUAAAAAAAAAUUCAAAAUUUUCUAAUCUGGUUCCCUUAAUUGCUGGUUUUCAGUGUCACGCAAUUCAAAGUAGAUCAAAAUAAAAGUCAAAACCGUUCAAUAGAUAAAGUCCAGAAAUAUUAUUAUUAUUAUUAUUAUUAAUCUGGCAAACGAAAGGAGGUAAAUAUGGAAAGACCCUCGCCAAGAUUCAGGUCAGAGCAAUAUUUCGUAUACGAGAUAUCCGAAGAAAUGUUUUCACAAAAUUAAGAGAUUUGUAAGGAGACGCCAUGUUGGUGCCCUCCGGGAUGAGCACCAACAUGGCGGAAGGAAACCAACAGAAAUAUCUGUUACCGAGUUUUGCUACAAGAGCGUGAAUUUAUUCUUCGAGGAACUCAUAAACAAUAAAGUAAUACUUUAUCUAAUAAAUGAACUGUUGAAAGAGCAAAAUUCCCUGAAAUAAGUAAUUUCUUUAACCUACAUGAUAGCUCUCUUGGCCGUUAUGUAAAUGCCACGUCACGCAAAAGCUUAGAAAUUCAAGCGUACUCUAUCACGAAACCAAGAACCCUUUUGAAGCGAAAAUUUGUUUGAAAAUUAGUGUUCAGCUCCUCUAAUACAUUAUGAAAGUAAAAUAUAGGUUCUAUCGAUAGUUUUGAAGUUUGAAUUUUAGUGACGUCAUGUGAAAACCAACAAUACUUACUCCCCGGGGGGGGGGGGGUUCUUCUGGGAAUUCUUGAUGGUGGUGUGCCACCCGGUUUUCCAAAUCCUGACCCUAUUUUAGACCCAAAAAUGUAAUUUUACAUACCCGUUUUCAGACCUGGCCUUUAGGCAGAAAUUAUGUUAUCAUUACGCUGAACGCAAACCAAAACAUUUUUUCUAUUUUUUUGGAAUUGAAACGAUAAAUACGUUCAUACACUCACAUAGUUCCAUCGAAAACCAUACCCGAUUCAAACCAAAAUGGGCAAAGAGUAUAUUCUUUUUCAAGCCAAAACGGCGCAAAAACCCUACCCGAUGUGGCGGCACAUACCUAUAUAGCUUAUAUAAGGGAGUACCCCCUCCCCCACAGUGCUUAUAUUUCUUAUUUAUGGAGUCGGCAUGUCAUCAAAAAACGUCGUGAUUAGGUGUAUGUAGGAUACAGUCGUCAAAUUUGAGUAGACUACACUGGCCUUAUUUUCUUCGAGAAGUAUUAAGCCCUCAUUCCUUUUUGGCGAGCAAAUAUUGUUUUAUCGAGUUAGUGAAACUUAAGAGCUUUUUAUUUUUCCUACAUUGACCUGUCAAUCUCGAGGAAAGUCUGCAUGUUUUUUAGCUUCUGAAGGGCAAUUUUUGUAUUUCCUGUGUGCAGUCAAUUUCGCACGCGGCGGUCUCUGUGAGGCGAAGCCAGUGACGCUUUCCUGUCUUUCCUAAUCUCCUUUUACCUUGUCCACCAGCUGACCGAGUAUUUCAAUUCAUUUUUAGUGCUCCAUUACCCCGACUAAAGGCCUGUCAUCUCUCUCCUUGCAAACACCUCGUUUGAAUAUCACGCCAAAAGGAGAUCGGCUAAAUCGCCGGCUAAUGUUGCACUCAUUUUUACUGUAUAAAGUUGCCGGACUCUCGUUAAAUAAAUUUUUUAACUUUAUCAACAACUCCACAAACAAUACAUUACAUUACAUAUAACUGUACAUAAUGCUUUAAUUUACUUUAAACAAAACUGAAUGCAAGGCUGACAAAACGGCAAAGGGCUGAUUUAUUUGAGGCUAAAAUUUGUUUUAAUUGGCCUCAAAUAAAAUCAUCCCCGUAUUGCCAGCCUUAGCUUGCAUUCAGUUUUGUUUUAAUUCCCAUUUCAAGUGACGUCUGGCAUUAGCAUCUCUACAUUAGAGAUCCAGCAAGAAAGAACAAUUCGGUUUUAUUUACGCGCUAAGUGGACCUCUGCAUUGAAGGGUUUUUACUAAGAUUAACUAGGUACAGGGUUCUCAGUUUUGAUCUUAAGCACUGACAUAUUUUGUAGAAUCUGAAUAUGCCAAGCUCCAUAGGAAUAGGCGAGCAACCGAUGUACUGAAAAACACCACGGAAGCUAAAAUCACAGUAGACAGGGAAACAAUUCUGAAGAUUAACAAACUGUUGUCCGAGCUAAAACCUCAACUCUGUCAGUCAAAUGGUCAUAGCUGUCUCCCAGGUCCUCCCGGUCCACCUGGUCCGAAGGGAGACAAAGGAUCCCAGGGACGAAGGGGAAACAAAGGAGACCAAGAUAUUAUAGGAUCUCCAGGAAUGAACGGCAAGCGAGGUAUCACUGGACCUGUAGGCCCGAGGGGUGAUGCUGGACUCAAGAGACAAAAAGGAGACAUGGGACCUGCAGGCAUGCCGGGAGCUAAAGGAGAACCUGGUGAAUCGAUUUCAGCCCCUGCUGUUGCCGUAUCCCCUAAAACGCUGACAGUUAACGAAGGUGGAUCAGCCUCGUUUCAGUGUUCAGUGAGUGGUAAUCCUAAACCUGCAAUAAAAUGGAUUAAAACAAACAGACAGUCUAGUCGGUCAGUGGUUUCAGGAGGAAAGUUGCUUCUUAAGAAUGUGCGAGGAAGUGAUUCGGGGACAUAUAACUGUUCAGCGGUCAACAUUUUAGGACAGGCGCAGGCACUGUUGCAGCUGAUAGUAAAUGGUAAGAUCGCUAUGAACUAUAGAUAGAAAAUUGAACAGUAUGAAACCAAUUUCGAAGAUCCUGUUGUCCUUACAUUGUGCUUUGGAUAACUUAUUUCAAAAAAAAGUAGAAAAACAAGUUAUAAAAGUGACUACCAUAUAUUGUUGUCGUCGCUUUUUAUUCAGAGCUAUUUAUGCCUUUCUCAGGUUUGCUGUCAGCGCUAUAGUACAAUGUAGCCUUAAAAUCCUAAUUCCUCUAGUUAAUAAAAUCAAGGCAAGCCACUUAUCGAAGGGAAUUGGUCAAAAAUACUAACUAAUAACUUUCCCUAUAUAUGUCCCUAACAGAAGGCAACUGUUUUAGCAAAAAGUCUCGGUGACCUGGCUUAGAUCAUUUAAGCCUAUUUCUGUGUUAAUUCUUAUUAAUCAUACCAUAAAAAAAUUCUUGUUGUAGUUUACCCUCGAGUUUCCCUUCAUCCGGGGCCUCAUCACGCUAUUGAAGGAAGCAACUAUACUUUCCCAUCCUGUAACGUGACUGGGUAUCCUGCACCCGCGGUAACUUGGAGAAAGACAUCUGGUCCAUUACCCCAGGGAAGGAUGAAGUACAACAACGGUGCAUUACAAAUGCUACAUAUUCGUAAAGAUGACUCUGACUUCUACUUCUGUUCGGCAUCAAACCUGUUAGGACGCGCUGAAAAGAAAACUUUCUUAGUUGUUGUCUCUCCUCCUCGAUUCAUUGUUAAACCACCCGCCAAAGUUUUCCCAGGAGUGGGCAGCACGUUGACCCUAGACUGCAAAGCUGCUGGUGAUCCUCAACCUGUCAUCAGCUGGAAGAAACAAGAUGGCCAACUACCUGCUGGACGAAGCCGCCAGCUGAUAAAUGGAACUUUAGUAAUAAGAGACAUAACAAUGAAAGAUAGAGGGAUUUACAAAUGUAUUGCACCAUAUGCAAGAGUGUUCAAGACAGAAGCCGUGACUUACAUCGAAUUUGAAAAAGGUAAUUCUUUUUUAUACUGCUAUUUCAUUUCUAACCCUCUCCUUUACGUAUAAAACGCGUCAUUGCUCUCUCUGACUGCAUUAUUAGGGCAGAGAAAUAGAACAGUACAUGUAUUGUCUGAGCUAUGAUCAACUGGUAGAGUCUGUCUGUGUGUUUGUUUUAAGCACUCCACCCAGUUUCAUUAUCAUAUUUAAUCACAUUUUUAAACUUGUCUCAUCAAUUGCGGAAAUCGCGUCGAGUAAAGAACGAAGCGAUCCAUAUAUUUCUCAAUAAAAGCCUUUUUUUUGUUUCUACUUCCUUUUUACAGUUUUUUUUAUUUCAUCGUUUUACGUUGCCUACCGACGAAACGUUGUAACCGUUAUCUUACUAUAAAUUUAGCCAAGGCUAAAAGCGAAGCGUCCAAUUAUACACUUUCAAAAAGCUUCUGAACCUACGCAAAGAAAUCCAGAAAUUUAUACUUAACCGAUUUUAAAACAAAAAAAAAAACGUUAAAAUCAAAUUCGAUCAUAGUUAUAGUUAUAUAUUGAAAAGUAUUCUACCCAUAACUCUGUAUCGCUGAAGUUAAUAACCCAAGAAAUUUAAUAUCUUAUAAAGGCAGAUUGUCAUUCAAGACAUUCGUCCAGUUCACAGUUAACCUUUCUAAGCCAAUCUUUCCGUCUAUACGCGAUUCUACCCACGUGGCAAAUUAAGCCGAUUUUUGUGUUUAGAAUUGGUUUUUUUUUUGGAGAAAUUGGACCCGACUUACCGUUACGUGUAAACUUAUCUUUUAGAUUAUACAUCACAAUAUCUGAUACUCAGUAACCUUUACUGUAAGUUAUACUUUUUGUUUCUUCUGGCGAAAAGACCCAGGAAGGUUAAUAACUUCUUUAACAUUUCCCGAUCUGAAUAAACAUAAUUUUGUAAGCUAUACACGAACUGCUUUUUGCGUGUUGUGUAUUUUAAUAAAUACAGCUAAAUGUACGCUAGACUGAAACUACAAAUUAUAAACGUAAUAAUAUAUUCCAAAAAGGCGAAGUCCUUUUGGCAAAGUUACGGGUCUGUCGUUAAGAUAAUCGGCAAAUCUUUGAUGCACUCUCUUUUCGAUGAGCAAAAAAAAUGUGAGUUAAUGUGUAAUAUAUCAAACUUUGCCUAUUAGUAUGGAGGAACGCGUUUUUACCUAGCUAGCUAGACACUGACCAGGCACGUAAUUAAUAUACAGGAAAGCACUAAAUUAGUAUGCAGGAAGACACUUAUAAAUAUUAACAAAGGGAAGGCAUAUGGAACGCAGGGGAAGGCACCAACAAGGCCUAAUUCUGACCCUCUAUGACUACUUCAGUCUUCACACUUCAGCAUCUGACCAGAUUUUUAAAUACUUGGUGCUGUUUAAAACAAAGGACUACGUUCUAUGUUGUUACGUUUUUUCAGUCUCAGAAUAGACUUUUGGUCAGCAGGCUCUAAAAGUUAGCUUAGUAUGAAAGGAAUAGAAAUAACAGAUUAACAAUGUAAAUCCAGGAUUUUACAAGAUGUAUACCACCAUGUCGUGUCCUUUCCCGCGACUUUUAAUUGUUAUAAUGUAUUUUAUUUUUCUCAAAUACCAGGGACGUAGAUGCCUGUACGCACGGUAAGAAAAUAAUUAUAAUACAAUAAGAGUACAAAAACGAAUAGUGGAAAAAAAAUUUUAAAAAGGAUAAAAUUUGAUAAAAGAUUAUUAUUUUAAGAGCACAGUUUGGAUUAAUUCAUUUAACAACGGAGUGUCAGUUUAAUUUUUCUUUUUACACUCGAAUGUCAUUGGUGGACCGAAUCUUCAAUGAUGUAUUUAGGGCCUGUUUACAUGGCGGGGGGCACCCCAGGUGGGUAAUGUAACCCGCCUGUCCACACAAUCUCUCAAUUGAAUUUGAUUACGUUUACAUGAUAGGUGGGUUGACCCGCCGCAUGUUACCUCAGCUAUCUGAGGUCCCCCACUUCCAUAUAAACAGGCCCUUAGUAAGUAAGACUUGAUGGUAUAAAUAGUAAACGCGUUGUUUUCACUUCGGCCUGUCUUCGCACUAGACUAAGCAGGGCACACUUACAUGAACUUAGAGUGCUUUAUCGGUCAAAAAUAAUGUGGCAAAUAGUGCAGGGGGAAAAGAAUCGCUCAUCUGCAAAUCAAAUUGUGAGAUACUGUUAAACUGUUGGCGUAGGCGCUAAGGUUACCCCAAAGGAUUCAUACCGAAAUGUUUCGGAUUUAGGAUUCCGGAUUAAUUAUACAUUGAGGGUAUUCGGAUCAUUUUGCAAGCUUUCAUAAAAAUACAUUCGGAUUCCCAACGAUUUACACACAUCGGUAAAACUGGGUGGCUUUAUCAGAAACGACGACAGCGAAGGCAACAAGAACGACGUCAACAAGCAAAAGGUUUAAAAAGUUGAACAAUUUUUUGCAUGUUUCGCACGCUUUUUGGUACAUUUCUUUGCCGUCCCUGCACGACCACGGCGUGAAAUUUUCUUAAUAUGCGACGUUGUCCGGAGAACGUGAAAGUAAACACACGAGGUUAUUUUACUUAUCGUAAAAACGCUUAGGCUUACAGUAACCUCCACCUUUGGGGACAUUGGAGGUGCGGGAGGGGGAAGGUGGCGGACGGGGUUAGGGGCUUUUGGAGAAUUGUGCGAACCUCUGAACAAAUCCUGGCUACGCCCCUGAAUACGUGACUUAAGGUUGUUGAGCUUAGCGUCGACAUUUUUUCGCGUCGACUUCAUUUUCCUUGUUUUGUAGUUUUAUGCGAUUGAGUAAAAAGGUUUUCGAGUAAGUAUCGUCGAUGUACAUAUGUAUUUGCUCGUGAAGGAGCGGUAAAAGGAGCGAAAGAAUUAAGGAGGAUUUAAUGACGCAAGGACUGGAAAUUUCAGUGUACAGAGUAUGUGACCUCCUCAUCGAUGUGCACCACCUUCAUUUUUAGAUGCUCUCAGCUCAUCCAGCAUUCUUGACAGCCAUGGCAGGAAGUAUCAUUUCAAGUUGAUUUCGUAUUUAGACCCAGUGCUCCAGACUACAGGCCGCAGCAGGUUUGUAAGGUGUUGGCACGCUAAGACAGAUGGUUGGGCGGCAUUCACAUUUCACAGUAACUGUGAUGGAAAGGGUCCCGCUGUAACCAUCGUCCAAGUCGGUAGUUAUAUAUUUGGUGGAUACACUGACAAGUCUUGGUCCAGUCCUAGUAAGUAUUCGUUACAUAUUUGGUGGAUAUACUGACACGUCUUGGUCCUGUCCUAGUAAGUAUUAGUUACAUAUUUGGUGGAUACAUUGACAAGUCUUGGGGUGGUAUGUAUCAUUUCAGAACAGCUUUAAUCGCACACAGAUCAUGCAUGUUCAGAGUUUUCGUGUGGACGAGCGAAAACGAUUCUCAUACACUAGGCGCAUAUUUUUGCUGAAUAAACAUCCCGAUACGUGUGUACUGGGCCUUAAACCAACGUUUUCGUUGCCCGAAAACGCCGUUUAUGUGUACAUGGAAGCAAAACUAAUAUCCGGAUACGUGUCGAUAAGGCCUCUUUAAUAAACAUAAGUCACUGACACCGUUGGCAUAAAGAGAUAGUUAAAAUUUUUCUCUCGGGAUUAUUUUAUUUGUCUCUUAAAAAUAUUCUGAUAAACGGAUUGAAAGUAUUAAAAUGCGUUCGCACCAAACAAUUCAUAAAAAAUUCUAAUGUUGAUGCAACAGAUUGUUAUCGAAUGGAGUUUAAAUGAAAGAAUUACCUAACUAGUUGAGUAAAUGAAUACCAAAGCGAAAUGCCUGAAAUUUCGUUUUCUCUACAAGAGCUUACUAGUAGAUCUAGUAGCUCUAUAAUGUAUAGGACAGUACUUUUUCAAAAUAACUUGACUGAUUUUUGGUGAGGACUGGUGGAUUUCCUGGCUCUGUUAAUUGUUAUAUAGAAUAUUUUAUCAAAAAGGUUCAAAGGUGAAAAACAUCCAGCUUCGAACACAAAGUAUUUAUAGCCGCCAAUGUCGCCCUUGCUACUUAAAGUGUUUUGAGUAAUUGAAAUUAAUAACUGCAAAAUGUUUUUCCACAGGUUCUUGUCGUUAUGUCUAUUCAAGUAAAUCGUUCCUGUUCUCGUUAUAUAACAUCCAUGGCUACGCACCGGUUAAGGUGAACAUCAUGCCAGGUUAUUACAGUAAAGCUAUAUACACAUGUUCUGAUAGGGGACCAGUGUUUGGUGGAGGAUACGACCUGUACAUAUCCAACAACGCUGCAAGCAACAGCUAUUCCAACACCAAAUGUGGCUACUCCUACUCCCUCCCCCCUGGGUACUCUGCAUUUUACAUUUCCUGUCGAUUUUAUGCAGGUGGAUCCAGUGCCUACUUCACUCCCACUGAUGUUGAAGUGUUUUACGAGACAACAACUUAA